AGAUCUUACUCCCUUUUGGCAUUUUACACCUUACUUAUACAAUCAUUUUUUAAAAAAUAGCAAUUCAAAAAAAUACAAUUCAAGUGUUCAUCAUAUCCAGGCAUGCAAGCCUUUUCUAAAUUUUUUUAAAUAAUAAAAAAGUCCCACGGAGGGAAGGAGACUAUUUGUGUCCUUCUGACACACACUUUUAGAUUUUGGUCAAAAAGUCUAGUGGGUGCAAAGUGACCCCCUUUGUCAUUAGAAACAAAUAGGAGCAUUCUGUGUGCUACUGUCCACAACCACACAGAUAUGUUUCCCAAGGGAGCUCAUCAGGUCUUCAAACAUUUAGCAAGCAUAACGUGUGUGAGAGACAGUAUUGGAGAAGGAAGACAAGCCUUGCUCUGCAGAAGCUUACAAUCCAGGAGCUCACCCCUUCAAGGAAUUUACAGACCCCAGACAGAUAAUAACAUUAGGUCCAUGAAAGCCCACAGGGCAAGAAGUUCAGGAGAGAAAGAAGUCAUAACCACCUUGGAAAAAUCUCAACUUGUUUUAUCAGAACUCAAAGGCCAAUUUCUCACCCCUAGCUCUCUUCAUUAGCGCUUAUUGACCAGUAUUAGGGAGUACUAAGCCAAGAGUAAAGCUAGGGUGGCAGAGGCCAUAAGCUAAUUGCAAAGGACAGAGUUAAAAGAAACAUGCGAGUUUCCCCUGAGCACCUAAUUGCAUGACUGAAAAUGGAUUAAUUUGUAUUUCUAAUGGAUAUUAAAACAAGAAACAUGUGAAUAUACUAAAACAAAUUUAAGGUCAAGCAACGCAAAGUGUUAGUGCGUUUUCCUUCCACUCUCAGAGGCAGCCUCUCUUAUUUGGUUCUUGGGCUCCUUCAUAAAAAGAUCUGCGUUUUUUAAUGGCUUCAGCUUCUGGAAGGCUCAGGCCACUUAGUCCAUCAGGAGGCCAGGCCCGAGGGAUGGGUCUGAAGAGUGGGCAAUGGAAAGUUAAACCAGGGCUGACUUCACCAGGCCGUCAAGUCAGGGGCAAGCACAUUGUCCUUCCACUGGAAGACGGAAAGGGGAGAGGAAGGCAGGCCCUCCCUACUCACAGGUCACCUGGCAACUUUGCUAGGCACUACCCAACCUUUAGGGAUAAGUGAAGUAUGUCGUGGGCAUAAAAGGCGGACAGGGGAGUCAUUCUGGCAAAUUCCAAGAAGGUUUUAAGGGCUCCCGAGGCAGGCAGGCCCAGUUGCUGUUUGGAACUUCCUUUGGGGUGGAGGGUCGGGGGGCAGAGGGCCAGGGCCCCCGCAUGAGGGGACAUGCUUUUAAACAGCUGCCUUCCAAAAACCAUUCUCCCUGCUUCUCUGAGAAGCACCCAGCUGUUGUUUAUACUCUAGGACAGCAAAUCCGGUUAUUUGUCUCCCUAUUCCGUGAUAUUAUAAAGUAAUGAAUGGUCCAUUAAACUAAGUUUGGGAUCUCGUCUCCCUAUAGCCACCUCGCCGGCACCCUCAGCCGGGGAGGCCGUAGGCGCGGGCUGCAGCCUGUCAGCCUCAUUCCCCCUCCCUCCACCACCUCCCCCUACUCCCUCCCUCUCCUGCACCCCCUCCCCCCGGUUAUUUGGGAGAUUAGAGUUCAUUAAUUAAAUCCUGUGCUUAGAUCGAACUGUAACAUUAUUCCAAUCACAUUUAUCUUGCAGGCGGCGGCAGAGAUGGCAGCCUCGCUGGAAACGCGCGGGGGAGCCUGAGCCGGCUGCCGGGGACGCACGGCGCUGCGCGCUCCUUCGCCACGCCGCCGCGCAGCCCCUCCAUCUUCCUGCUCGGCGCCGGGCCCCACGCGCCCCUGCCUAGGGGGUCCCGCUGCUCUCUAGGGCUCCUGCCGGCUCCAACCCCCGGCCCCUGUCGCCACCCCGCCCCCCCCCGGGUCCCCCUCCUCCGCCACGCGCGCGCGCGCACACACACACACACGCGCGCGCGCGCCAGCGAGCUGCUGGCCGCUCAAUGGACCGAUUUCCCCGGUUUCCCUGAACCCAGCCCAGCCCGGGAUGAGAAAUUGCAAAAUGGCCCGGGUCGCCAGUGUGCUGGGGCUGGUCAUGCUCAGCGUCGCCCUGCUGAUUUUAUCGCUCAUCAGCUACGUGUCCCUGAAAAAGGAGAACAUCUUCACCACUCCCAAGUACGCCAGCCCGGGGGCGCCCCGAAUGUACAUGUUCCACGCGGGAUUCCGGUCACAAUUUGCGCUGAAGUUUCUAGACCCGUCAUUUGUGCCCAUUACGAAUUCUCUCACCCAGGAACUCCAAGAGAAACCUUCUAAGUGGACAUUUAAUCGGACAGCGUUUUUACUUCAAAGGCAAGAAAUUCUUCAGCAUGUCGAUGUAAUAAAAAAUUUUUCUUUGACCAAGAAUAGUGUUCGGAUUGGACAACUGAUGCACUAUGAUUAUUCCAGCCAUAAAUAUGUUUUCUCUAUUAGCAAUAACUUCCGGUCACUGCUUCCAGAUGUGUCACCCAUUAUGAACAAGCAUUAUAAUAUUUGUGCUGUGGUUGGAAAUAGUGGGAUCCUGACAGGGAGCCAGUGUGGACAAGAAAUAGAUAAAUCAGAUUUUGUUUUCCGUUGCAAUUUCGCCCCUACGGAGGCUUUCCAAAGAGAUGUUGGAAGAAAAACCAACCUUACCACCUUCAACCCCAGCAUCCUGGAAAAAUAUUACAACAAUCUCUUGACUAUUCAGGACCGUAACAACUUUUUCCUCAGUUUAAAAAAGCUUGAUGGGGCCAUUCUUUGGAUCCCUGCAUUUUUCUUCCACACUUCAGCAACUGUGACCAGGACAUUAGUUGACUUUUUUGUUGAACACAGAGGUCAAUUAAAAGUCCAACUGGCUUGGCCGGGAAAUAUAAUGCAACAUGUCAACAGGUACUGGAAAAACAAACAUUUGUCACCUAAACGGCUGAGCACAGGUAUUCUUAUGUACACCCUUGCAUCAGCAAUAUGUGAAGAGAUCCACUUGUAUGGAUUUUGGCCUUUUGGAUUUGACCCCAACACAAGGGAAGAUCUUCCAUACCAUUACUAUGACAAAAAAGGAACCAAAUUUACCACCAAGUGGCAGGAGUCCCACCAGCUGCCUGCUGAGUUUCAGCUGCUGUACCGAAUGCAUGGGGAAGGGCUCACCAAGCUGACUCUGUCACACUGUGCCUAAGAACUCUGAACGGAAAGUGCCAAAUGGCUGUUUAAAAAGUGCCCCAAAUCAAAUCGAAUAGUCUUCAGAAUAGAACCCUAGAGAAUGUCUUAUAAGGAUUGUCUGCCAUUUAAAAGGAAAGAUGUCUUUUCUCUUUUGCACUGCUCUUUUAAGAGUUUUAGCAGAUUUAGCAGGACAGAUGCACUGAAGCCACAUGGUUUAGACUUGAUUGAUAAAGGGAAUGCUGCAUUUGGAACUAUGCUGCUAACGAAAUGGUUUGAAGUAUUUUCAUGUUUGGAUUUUAAUAAUAAACUGCCUCUCAUUUUCAUGAGGACUAGAGCUAUAGUUUCUGCAGCUCUGCUCAGAUAGUCCUCAUAAUCAGAGGCCUCGGGCCAACUGGGGCAGGAUCUGUUUUGCUGGUGGGAUCAGACUCUGAAAAAUGGAAAUGUAAAAAACUGGUUUGCAUAUCUCAUCUUCUAUCUAUUUCCUUAUCUCUGUCUCUGUCACCAUCUCACUCCCUUUCUCUGCAACUAAUCCCUGCCCUACCACCUUGCAGUUUAAUAGUUUGCUAGGAAUCCUAUUGAAUUCGCUUUGCUUGUAUGUGUUGCAUUUGUACUUGAUGUGUUUAAGGUUCUGGGUAACUUUGAUGCUUCAUGUCAAAAUGAGCAAUCACGAUGGACCCCCUUGUGAUUCCUUUUUUUAAAAAAAAAUGUCUCCGAUGCAGUCCUCACCAGUCCAUUCAGUCAUUCUACAGCAGGAUGGUUGGUCCCUCUGUGGUGAGUGGGAUAUAAGGCAGUGCAUCUUUCAUGAUCACACAGAAAGCCUAUGUUGUGGGUAGCAUUGUGUCUCUUGACAUAGGCAUUGUUAUGGCAAAUAAUAGCACUGUGGCCACAUCUGUAAGGCCAUUCCAGCCUAAGUUUAGUGCCUCCCAUAAUCCCAACCCAUGCACUGGGCUGGGUGUGCUCUCAGAAUAUAGAGGCAAUGAAUUAGCUUAAGACCCUGGGACACAUAAAGGAAAA